AUGGCGCCCAAAGGCAAACCCUACGACACCGACUGGAUCUGGUCCAGUUACAGCAACGUCCACAUCGCCAACCAUCGGGACUGGUUCACUCCCUUUACUCCCUUCUCCUCCACUAUCACGUCCACCUCUGACCACGGCAACGAGACCCAUAUUGUCGAAGGCCGUGGAGACGUCAGUCUUGAGGUGCGCAGAAUGGUUGGCCCCGCCGCAAAAGCCGCAAAGAACAAAGCAAUGGUCAACUCCACCAUCGUUCUGAAAGAUGUGCUGUUUGUGCCUACUUUUGGGUGCAAUGUUUUGGGCGAGCCGGUGAGGAGGGAGUACGAUGUUAGUAUUGGGGUGGGAAAAUUGUUGAUGGAUAAGAGUACGGGAAGAGGCGUAGGGCUGCUAGAGAGGAACGAGGCAGGUUUGACGAAGGUGAUACUGAAGGGACAGGCGAAGGGACAGAGCAGCUUUGAGGGAGGGGAGGGAGGGGAUAUUUGUGUGACGUGGGACGGUGGGGGGGAGGAGGAGAAGAGGAGCAUGGAGAGCAAGACGUGA